AUGACUGGUCAAACAGACUCCGGCCACGAGUCCGACUGGGAAUGGGCCUGUGUUGUGCUGCAGAAAGGCUCAGACAACCUCUGGUACCGACGGGGCAUCUUCAUGGAGCAAGACAACAAAGGCGGCAAUGGCACUCCGUACUACUCUUGGGGAUCGUUGGAGACUUUCGACGGAUCCGAUCCCAAAAAUACUGGCAGCAGAAAUGGCAAUCACGCCAUGAUCUACAGUGCCAAGUUUCAUCACACCAUGUUUCCUCACCAGUACAAGUGCUUGGGUAAGAACAAUUGUGCAACCGAUGUCCAGCAGAUGUUCCGCAACAACGACUUUGUCUGGGCUGCAGCCGACAAUCUCGUCCCGGGUAGCCGUAUUCCUACCUCGCCUCGGCCCCACGAUGUAACUGGACCCAACCGGACCUCGGCAGAGUCCGUUGUGCCUACCAACGAGCCAGACCGCUUCGUUACGGUGUCCAAUCCUGGGCGGAUGGGCAACUCGAGGGACAUUGCAUAUGGCGGAUGUGUUGUUGGGGCCGCCAUUCGUGCCGCCUGUGAGACCGUCGACCCCAAGUACCGCUUGUACUCGGCCCUGGGCCACUACAUCGGACCCGCGUCUACCAAGGCCAAGCUGCUCUGUUCCGUGCGCCGCAUCCGUGACUCACGCACAUUUUCAACGCGGCAGGUGGAAGUUAGCCAGAAGGAAGAGAAGGAGAAUGCGCCUGUACGACCAUGCGUGAUCGUUCUCAUUGAUUUCCAGGUGCAGGAGAAGAGCCUGGUCCUGCCCGAGUACUCGGCACAGCCAGAGCGGACCUACUCGAAGCACGAGCAUUGCCCGAACAUCACCGACACAUCGGACCGGCUCGUGCGCGAGCGCGUUGUCUCUAAGCCCGUGGUCGAGAUAUUCAACAUCAGCUUCAGCCUGCAGCACCGCUUCUUCGAAUCGCUUGACUGCCCCGAAGGUGUCGCUGGCAACAACCUCUACGGCUUGGCCAAGAAGCGCGCACGCACGCCGCAGGACGCUGACCACUACGCCGGGCUGGGUUUUGUGCUGGACGGCGCGCUGUCCUUCCUGCCGCUGGCGCACAGCGGCCUCUUUCUGGACGAUGCUGGGGCUUGCUCGAGUCUGGACUUUGCGCUGCGCUGCUUCGGGACAGACGUCGACCUGAGCAGCUGGCACUUACGGGAGUUAAAGACGGUUACCGGACAGAAUGGGCGGACUUACUCGGAGGCGCGAUUGUGGGAUGAGAACGGCCGGUUGGUAGCCAACAUGACGCAGCAGUCGAUCCUGCGACCUCUGCGGCCCUCGCCAUCUCUGUAG